ACAGUGUAUGUCCCCUGCCACCCAAGACCGGCCUCAGCUGCUUAGCAAGGGUGUGGCCUGGGGAUGUGGGGCGGAAAGACAAGAGGAUGCUACACCUAGGAAACAGGCAGGCAGAUGUGAGGCGUAAAUCUGGAGCUAGCCUGACGGGCUUCCAAUCCCAAUUCUGGACCUCAGGCGGGUGGUUACAUAACCUUUCCUGUGCCUCAGUUUCCUUGUGGAGUUGGUCAUCACAGUGAUCGUAAAUAGUGCCCACGCAUAGAGUUGUGCGAUAAAUGAGUUAACACACGCAAAGCCUUGGCCCAGAGCUGGGCACAGAGCGUUACGUAAGUGCCGGCAGGUGCCCUGGAGAUGCCAGGUCUCCUGUCAACUCAGGAGUCUGAUGGGGUGGAGGACAGGCCUGGGCUGAGUGGGCUGGAUUCUUUUGGUACAGGAUUAGGCUUUGAGGGAUUGCCCCGGCAUCCCCUGCGGCCCCUGUCACCUCUGGCCCCAUCAGCCUGCAGCAGGUCCGCCCCUCUCCCUCUGCAGGCAAAGGUGCCUGGGACCCGCCUGCUCACGGUUCGCGUGCUGCAGGCGCAUGGCCUGCCCUCCAAGGACCUCGUGACCCCCUCUGACUGCUAUGUAACUCUGUGGCUGCCCACGGCCUCCAGCAACAGGCUCCAGACACGCACGGUCAAGAACAGCAGAAGCCCCGUCUGGAACCAGAGCUUUCACUUCCGAAUCCACAGCCAGCUCAAGAACAUCCUGGAACUGAAAGUCUUUGACCAGGACCUGUUGACCAAAGACGACCCCGUUUUGUCAGUGCUGUUUGACGUGGGGAUGCUGCGGGUUGGGGAGUUACGGCGUGAGAGCUUCUCACUGAGCCCUCAGGGUGAGGAGCGGCUAGAAGUGGAAUUUCGGCUGCAGAGUCUGACGGACCGAGCUGAGCAGCUCGCCAGCAAUGGCAUCCUGGUGGCCCGGGAACUCUCCUGCUUGCACGUUCAACUGGAGGAGACAGGGGACCGGAAGGGGUCAGAGCGCAGAGUUGAGCUCAUGGUUCCCGGGUCCUUUGAGGGUGCACAGGAGGCUUCUGUGGGCACCAGCACCUUCUGCUUCCAUUGCCCAGCCUUCUGGGAGCAAGAACUGGGUAUUCAUCUGCAGGAUGCCCCCAAGGAACAACUGAAGCUGCCACUGCAGGCCCUGCCCUCUGGCCAGGUGGUGCGGCUCCUCUUCCCCACAUCCCAGGAGCCCCUGAUGAGGGUGGAGCUGAAAAAAGAAGAAGGACCACAGGCGCUGGCCGUGCGGCUGGGCUGCGGGCCCUGCGCCGAGGAGCAGGCCUUCCUGAGCAGGAGGAAGCAGGUGGUGGCCGCGGCCCUGAAGCAGGCCCUGCAGCUGGACAGAGACCUGCAUGAGGAUGAGAUCCCAGUGGUAGCUGUAAUGGCCACUGGUGGUGGGAUCCGGGCAAUGACUUCCCUGUACGGGCAGCUGGCCGGCCUGAAGGAGCUGGGCCUCUUGGAUUGCAUCUCCUACGUCACAGGGGCCUCGGGCUCCACCUGGGCCUUGGCCAACCUCUACGAGGACCCAGAGUGGUCCCAGAAGGACCUGGCAGGGCCCACUGAGUUGCUGAAGACCCAGGUGACCAAGAGCAAGCUGGGGGUGCUGGCCCCAAGCCAGCUGCGGCGGUACCGGCAGGAGUUGGCCGAGCGUGCCCGCCUGGGCCACCCCACCUGCUUCACCAACCUGUGGGCCCUCAUCAAUGAGGCGCUGCUGCACGAUGAGCCGCAUGACUACAAACUCUCCGAUCAGCGGGAGGCCCUGAGUCGUGGCCAGAACCCUCUGCCCAUCUACUGUGCCCUCAACACCAAGGGGCAGAGCCUGACCACCUUCGAAUUUGCGGAGUGGUGCGAGUUCUCCCCCUAUGAGGUCGGCUUCCCCAAGUACGGGGCCUUCAUCCCCUCUGAGCUCUUUGGCUCUGAGUUCUUCAUGGGGCGGCUGAUGAAGAGGCUCCCUGAGUCCCGCAUCUGCUUUUUGGAAGGUAUCUGGAGCAACCUGUACGCAGCCAACCUUCAAGACAGCUUAUACUGGGCCUCAGAGCCCAGCCAGUUCUGGGACCGCUGGGUCCAGAAUCAGGCCAGCCUGGACAAGGAACAGGUCCCCCUUCUGAAGGUAGAAGAGCCACCCACAACAGCCGGCAGGAUAGCUGACUUUUUCACUGACCUUCUGACGCGGCGCCCACUUGCCCAGGCCACCCACAAUUUCCUGCGUGGCCUCCAUUUCCACAAAGACUAUUUCCAGCAUCCUCACUUCUCCACCUGGAAAGCCACCAAACUGGAUGGGCUCCCCAACCAGCUGACACCUGAGGAGCCCCACCUUUGCCUGCUGGAUGUCGGCUACCUUGUCAACACCAGCUGCCCGCCCCUCCUGCAGCCCACUCGGGACGUGGACCUCAUCCUAUCGCUGGACUACAACCUCCAUGGAGCCUUUCAGGUUGGAGAGGGGUUGGGCAGGACCUCCCGUUGGACAGGUAGGACCUGGGAUGUUGAGACAGGCAUGGGAGGUGUCAGCCCAGGGUUGAGGAUGCUAGGGGCCCAUGGGCUUGUCCCUCUGAUGCCACUUCUGCUCGCCCUGCAGCAGCUGCAGCUCCUGGGCCGGUUCUGCCAGGAGCAGGGGAUCCCCUUCCCGCCCAUCUCACCCAGCCCAGAAGAGCAGCAGCAGCCACGGGAGUGCCAUGCCUUCUCCGACGCCGCCCGCCCCGAAGCCCCCGUGGUGCUGCACUUCCCCCUGGUCAACGACUCCUUCCGGGAACACUCGGCGCCUGGGGUCCGGCGGACACCUGAGGAGGCAGCAGCUGGGGACGUGAACCUGUCUUCAUCCAACUCCCCCUACCACUACACGAAGGUGAGCUACAGCCCGGAGGAUGUGGACAAGCUGCUGUGCUUGACGCAUUACAACAUCUGCAACAACCGUGAGCAGCUGCUGGAGGCCCUGCGCCAGGCUGUGCGGCGGAGGCAGCGGCGCAGGCGCGAGUGA